AUGGUAUCUAACGAGUUGCGUAAUACAUCUAAUUUGAAGCUCUGUACUGUGUGUGCAUCUAAUAACAAUAGAUCAAUGGAGUCUCACCGUGUGCUGAAAGAGGCAGGUUACGAUGUGUCGUCCUACGGUACUGGUUCCGCUGUUAGACUUCCUGGCCUCUCCAUAGAUAAGCCUAAUGUCUAUUCAUUCGGAACGCCUUAUAACGAUAUAUAUAAUGAUUUAUUGUCUCAGUCUGCUGAACGCUACAAAUCAAAUGGUCUGCUGGAGAUGCUUGACCGCAACAGAAAGAUCAAAAAAGCGCCAGAAAAGUGGCACGAUUGCAACAAAGUGUUCGACUUUGUGUUUACAUGCGAAGAGCGAUGCUUCGACUCAGUUUGUGAAGAUCUGAUGAACAGAGGGGGUCAAUUGAAUAAGAUAGUUCAUGUAAUAAAUCUAGAUAUCAGAGACGACAACGAAAAUGCAAAGAUAGGCGGUAAAGCAAUGCUAGAGUUAGUAGACCAGCUAAACUCAAAAAUUGAUGAGUGUGAUGAACUAGGCAUACCAUUUGAGGAUUGCGUAAUGGGUGUCGUGACAGCAUGGCAAGACUCUCACCCUCAACUUCCACUACUGUACUCUCCGGCAUAUUAUUAA